CAUGAGCGCUAGAGUCAGUUCCAUAGGGGACAAUGGUCUAGGAGGCUGGCAUGCAUACAGAGCUUCUAAAACUGCGCUUAAUCAGUUGACGAAGACUGUGUCAGUGGAGUUUGGAAGGAAGGACAACAUUGCCUGCAUUCUGCUACAUCCAGGAACUGUGGACACUGACCUCUCACGGCCAUUUCAGAAGAAUGUCCCCAAGGAUAAGCUCUUCACGAGAGAGUUCUCCGUGCAGAAGCUCCUCUCCAUCAUUGACAACGUCAAGAAAAGUGACAACGGCAAGUUCUUCGCAUGGGAUGGGGAAGAAAUUCCUUGGUGAUGAUAUGCACGCGGUUAUUUUCCGAUGAUCCAAAAGAGAAAUCAACGACAAUGAUAUUUGAAAGAGCCACAGAAGAGGGAAAAAACUCCGUUUUAGCCGCCAGCAAAGACCACUGUUCUUACCGUGCGCAAGCUAGCGUAGCAGAACUGCAGAACAUGGACCUCUUCGUCGUCCCCCUUAUCUUGCUCACUGCUGCUGCUGUGCCCACCACCGUCGCCAAUGGUGGCGGUCGUUGUAACCAUUGGUGCAACAGCUUCUUCGUUCCAUACCCAUUUGGCUUCUCGGGGGACUGCCCCAUCCUCCUGGCCUGCAACGCCACCACCUCGACGCCGCUCCUCCCAGACAGCAGCACCGGGGCGGCGCCGUACCCCAUCCUCUCGUUCAACUCAACCGCCUCCACUUUUAUGCCCAUCCUCUCGUUCAACUCAACCGCCUCCACUUUUAUGGUCGCCCUUGCUCCGUCCUGCAACCGCGGCGUCACGCUCAGCGGUCCCCGCGUCAUCAACGCCAGCGUUCACGGCGACUUCAACACCAGCUUUCCCGGCGUCGUCCACGCCAAGGCGUCGCUCAGCGGCGGCGGCGGCUACGGCUUCACCUCCCACACCGGUCUCUUCCUCCGCGAUGGCUGCCGUGCACUGCUGCCCUCCAUGUCCAACUGCACCGUCUCAGCAGACAUCAUGUCCAUGCUGCUCCGCACGGCGCAGUGUGGCAACGACACCGCCUGGACGUGCGUUUACACGCCACCGCCGCCGCCGAACAGCUCUGCUGCAUUGAGGGGCCAGGGCCAGUUCAUGAUGUUGGACGACGUGGAUGCUGCUGGGUGCGUUGCGAACCUGCUGACGGCUAUUGUGUACGGGGACACUCAGGGUGAGGUGCCGUCGAUGGAGGUCGGCGUGGCGGAGCUGGGGUGGUGGCUCAACGGGACGUGUGAAGAUGCUGCUGCUGACGGCGAGUGCGCUCACAACGCGACCUGCCACGACGUCAAGACGCCGAGCGGAGCGUGGGGUCACCGGUGCGCGUGCUCGGACGGGAUGACCGGCGACGGCUUUGCCGGCGGCGUUGGGUGCCAAUACGGUGGCCUUCAUGCGAAGCGGCAGUGGCCGGCAGUGGCCGCCGGAGUGGCCGCUGUCGCUUUGCUCAUCAUCGGCGUCCCGGUUUUGUUCUGCCUCUGGAAGCGGAAACGGCAGAAGCAGAACCCCACGGUCAAGAUGUUGAAGGCAACCAACCAAUCAUCUAAUGGCGGUGCGAGACUUUUCCGCGGUGUACCCGUGGAUGACAUCGAGCUAGAGGGGGUGACUGGGCCCCAUCCAUUCUCCUACGACGAGCUCGCCGCAGCCACCGGAAACUUCUCCGACGACCGGAGACUUGGGAGAGGAGGCUUCGGCUCCGUGUACGCUGGCUUCCUAACCGACGGGAACCACCGCGACGUCGCCGUGAAGAGGGUGUCGGAGACCUCGCGGCAGGGCUGGAAGGAGUUCGUCUCGGAGGUGAGGAUCAUCAGCCGGCUCCGGCACCGGAACCUCGUGCAGCUCAUCGGCUGGUGCCAUGGCGGCGCCGGCGACGGCGACCUCCUCCUCGUCUACGAGCUGAUGCACAACGGCAGCCUCGACGCGCACCUCUACGACCCGGAGGGCGUGCUGGCGUGGCCGGCGAGGUACGCCGCCGCCCUCGGCGUCGGCGACGCGCUGCUGUACCUGCACCAGGAGACCGAGCGGCGCGUGGUGCACCGCGAUGUGAAGCCGAGCAACGUCAUGCUGGACGCGUCCUUCACCGCGAAGCUCGGCGACUUCGGGCUCGCCAGGCUCAUCGACGACGGCCGCCGCUCCCACACGACGGGCGUCGCCGGUACGAUGGGGUACAUGGACCCGGAGAGCCUGUUCGCCGGGCGGGCCAGCGUCGAGUCCGACGUGUACAGCUUCGGCGUCCUCCUCCUCGAGAUCGCCUGCGGCCGGCGCCCGGCCGUGCUCGUGAGGGAGGAGGACGACGACUACGUCCACCUCGUGCACUGGGUCUGGAACUCGUACGGCGGGGGCGGCCUCCUCGACGCCGCCGACGCGCGGCUCGACGGCGACUUCGACGCCCGGGAGAUGGCGUGCGUGAUGGUCGUAGGGCUCUGGUGCGCGCACCCUGACCGCAGCUUGCGUCCGACCAUCAGGCAGGCCGUCAACGUGCUGCGGUUCGAGGCGCCGCCGCCGAGCCUGCCGUCGAAGAUGCCGGUGGCGACGUACGGACCGCCGGCCGAUCGUCCUGACACCAUCACGUUGUCGUCUGCGAUAUCCACGACGACCGCGAGCGACGGCGUUGGGCAUUCCAGCACCACGGAGUCAUCGGACGUGUCCAGUUUGAUUAGAUGGCAGGCGAACAAUAGUUCUUCUGUAUGAUGAUUUGUGUUUUCAGAUCAUUGCAUAGGACUUGAUUCUUCAGCUCAGAUUGGAAGUUCUAGGUCCCAUUUGUUCCACUUAUAAGUGGUUAUCGGUGGAAAUAAGCGAGAA